GUUGCACAAUUUGGUGUUGUAUUUCUUCUUUUUGCUCUAGGUUUGGAGUUUUCUUUGGCUAAGUUAAAAGCCGUGGGCCCUGUAGCUGUUCUUGGAGGCCUUCUUCAAAUCUUAACAUUUAUGUUCUUGUGUGCCAUAACUGCUGUGUUGUGCGGAGCAAAGUUGUCUGAGGGAGUUUUUGUUGGUUCCUUCUUGUCAAUGUCAUCAACAGCAGUGGUGGUAAAAUUUCUUGGAGAACAGAAUAGUAGUAGUGCUCUUCAUGGUCAAGUAACAAUUGGAACACUCAUUUUCCAGGAUUGUGCUGUUGGUUUACUGUUUGCUUUGCUCCCAGUUUUGGGUGGUCAUAGUGGCCUUUUCCAAGGAAUGGUAUCAGUGGGGAAGCUGCUGCUAGUGUUGUCUCUAUAUCUUGCUGCUGCCUCUGUAUUGUGUUGGUCAUUUGUUCCUCGUUUUCUGAAAUUGAUGAUGCACUUGUCCUCUCAAACAAAUGAGCUUUAUCAGCUUGCUGUUGUGGCUUUCUGCUUAUUAUCUGCUUGGGUAAGUGGACAUUUUGUAUUCAUUUUAUAUCAAGGCUAAUUACUACUCAUCAUGUUCAUCCUCAAAUCUAUGCAUAUCUAUUUCCUGCUCCAUCUGCAUGCUUUUGAGUGCUGAGCUGGUUUUGACACAUUAUAACCACUACGCUUCAUUAUGGGUCCAAUGUUGGCCGAGUAUUGGGUACUGAGG